AUGUGUCCACUUUUUGGGGGUAUAAUUUGGUUUUUAACGAUAAUCAGGGAUGGAUCUCCGAUCUACAGCUGGACAUGGCAUUCGCUGAACAUCUUUGGCGUCGGGUUUCUGGGCGACUCUCACGUGGCGACAGGCGCCAUGGACCGGGAAGUCCGCCUCUGCUCGGUUCGCGAAGGAAACUCGAGCUUCGCGUGCUACUGCCACAGUGGGCGUGUAAAGCACGUCGCCACGCUGCCGCGGGACUCGCGGCAUCUCUGGUGGACAGCCGCGGAAGACGGGACAGUCAGACAAUACGACAGCCGCGAGCUGCAUGCCUGCGCCCCGGGUGGCGUCCACGCUCCCAACGUUCUCAUCAGUCUCCAUCCGCGACCGCGGCAAGCUGCUGCGGCCCGCGUGCGCCUCGCCUUCACGCCGUCGCCGUCUUCUGUCUCCUCUUCCUCUGCUUCUGCCUCUGCUUCUGCCUCUGCCUCCGCUUCUUCUUUCUCGCGGCCUUCUCUGCGGCUGUCUCUGGGCGCUGCGCGUGACGGUGCGGGAGCGUCUCCUCAGGGGUAUCGCGCGCGGCGCGCUGGAGACUCGCCUGUCGCUGCUUCUCCGCCUGCGCAGCCGAGCGGCCGCAGGCGCAGCAGCUCAGCCAGUGGGCGCAAGGGAGCCGACCACCUCGACUUGCUAAAUCGGAGAAUGUUCCUGCGCGACCCCCGCUCGGUGCUCACGAAAGACAGGCGACUCCUGCGAGAGGCGUAUUACGAAGCUCAGUUUGCGCAGCGCGGCGGCGGCCGCGCAGCGCCUCAGGUGAAAGCCGUCGCGGUGAAUCCGCAGCAGCCCGAGUACAUCGCGAUCGCCGCGAACGACCCUCUCUUGCGCGUUUACGACCGGCGCAUGCUGUCGCUGGGGAGCGGCCUCGAGGGAGGCGGCGAAGGCGACGGCGCGGACAGGCGAAGCCGCGGCAGAGACCUCCGACACGUCAUGCCCUGCGACACGUUUCUGCCUGCGACGCUCUGGAGCGUCCCCUUCGAGUUCGACCCGAACUGGGAGAGACGCUUCGCGCGCCUCCUCACGGUCACGCAUCUCAGCUGGUCCCCCGACGGGCGGCGCCUGGGUGCGACGUACAGCGGCGAGCAGGUCUACGUGUUCCCGUUCCUCGACGUGACCUCGCGGCAGGCCCAGCCCUCGUUGCCUGUCUCCUACGACUGGCGCCGCGUGCGAGGCGUGGAGCGUCGCCGCGGCAGGCGCACGCGAGCGCGCGGCGACAAGCCUGCGAGGCGAGCGCCGCCCGCCGCGGCGUCUGCGUCAGUGCAGAAGGACGCGAAGCCGGAGGCCUCCGCCGUCGUCGACGGCGCACCCAGCGACGCGCCAGUCGAGGCGGAGCUGCGGAGGGCGCGCUACGCGUGCGCGGGCAUCUUGACGCGACAGGACCGCGAAGCUCUGCCGUCGCACACGCCUGCCGAGGCCGUUAAGGAGAUGCAAGCGCGCGCGAACCAACACCGUAAGGCAAAUGGGAAACGCGACGCGCGGCGAGUCCGAUGCAGAGGGUGGGGAGAGGCCACGCAGGUCGCAGGCACGCGAGAGACGCGCAGAAAGCAGAGACUGAACGGCCAGCAAAGACCUGGGGGGGGCGGGGGGCGGCUCUUUCUCUCUCCCGUGUUGUCUGAGCUUUCGCGUGGUUGGAGGCGUUUCUUCUUUUUUCUGUUUCUUUUGCCUGCAGUGCGAAAUGGGGAGUACGUGCAGGCCAUCGUCCUUCUCACGCGAGCUUUGAACGAAGCGACAGACGCAGACCUGCGCGUGCCGCUUCUCUGCAACCGCGCGCAUGCGUUCAUCAAGCGCGCGGCGCGAGGCGACGACCUCGCAGCCGAGCGCGACGCCGUGGAAGCCGCCUGUCUCGCCCCGCAGAACCCGAAGACGUUCUACAGACGCAUCCAGGCGCUGCGACAAACCCGUCGCCCGAUUGUCGCGUUUCGCGUCGCUCGAGACUGCCAAAAGCGGUUCCCUAACGUGCCGGAUUUUAGCCGCGUCAUGAAGGAGAUCAGCAAAGAACUCUGUCGGCAGCGACCUGCUCCACGCGUUCUGGGCGGGUCGGGGAUUCGUCCCUUCCCGGCAGCGCUCUCGCCGUCGCCUGUGCACAGUCCGCGGUACUACCGCUCUGCGUCAGGUCGCGAGAAGGCGAACGCGGCGUCGGGCUCCGGCGGACGACUCGGGAGACGCACCGAGGCUCCGACCGCUGCCGCCGCUCUGGGGGGGAGGCCGGCUACGGCGGAGCCUGCGCCGGUGGCCUCCGCCGCCGGCAGGCCUGCGCCGCGCGCCGCGAGCCGCGAAGCGGAAGACGAGGCGGUGCGCGACGCGGCGGAGGAAAGGCGAUCUGAGCGCGAGACGCGUCCGGAGAAAGCGCCGCUCACACGCAGCCUCGGGAUGUGCUGUGCGUACGCCGCGCUUGAGAGCAAGCCGGCUGACGCGGACGCUGAUCCGCCAGAAGCGGAUUCGGAGUCCAUUUCUGCCAAACCGCCUUCGCAAAGCGAUAAAGCAGACAAGCUUCCUGGCACAGGUCAACCAAACAUAAGUCACAACCCCACGACCCAGUCUGCUUCCUCGUCUUCCUCCUCUUCUUCUUCUCCGUCCGCCUCCUCUUCUCCCUCUGCUUCUUCUACCUGCUCGUCCUCUGUUGCCGCGUGUUCUUCAUCUUCUUCGUCCGCUUCUUCCUCUUCGUCGGCGCGGGAGACGAGGAAGGAGCUGCGGGCGGAGACACCUGAGGAAGCGAUGGAGCGGACGCUGGAGGCCUCCACGUUGUUCGUCGAGCACUCGGAAGAGGCGUCGCGGCCUCUCUGGCUGCAUCCGGCUGUCGGCUACGCGUACCGCUGUCGCGUGCCAUCCUGGCAGGGCUGGCCUCCGCUCGUCUUCCUCAAGCGCCUCCUCCGCAGCAAACUGCGCACAUGGUUCCGCAGGCGCCGCCCGCCGAAAGACAUUGAGGAGGGCGGCGACUCCGACGCCGACGCCGACUCCGACGCCGACGCCGACGCAGCGCGGGGCGGCGGCGCUCGCGGCAGCGGGCAGGGUGCGCGCCGCGAAAGUUCAGCAUCGAAGGAGUCGGGGGCGAACCCUAGAAGGAGGGAACUUGUAGACUCUGAGAAACUCAGCGCGCGAAAGAGCGAAGCCGAGAAAGCCGCAGACGGGCCGCAGAGCGGAGACCGAGCGGCGGCGCCGCCGAGGACUCUGCGCGACACAGGUCACGGGGCUUCGCCCCGGCUCUCCCCCUUGCCGCCUGCCUGCAGCGCCGCCGCGGCGGAAGUGAGGAAAGGCCGCGCGGAGGAAGGGAAACACCCGGGCAGGAGCCACGGGACUCCGAGUUUCCUCGCGAAGCGGAAGACAGCGCGCGACAGCGGACGCGAGCACCCCUCCUGCGCGCGCCGGCUCUCGAAGCGCCUCCGCCGCGCCGCGGCCGCCUCCUCGCCAUCCGCGUCGUCUGCCGCCUCGUCUCCCUCCUCCUUCGCCUCUUCUUCCUCCUCUUCGGGCUCGCCGACCGCCGCCACGUUCGCUGCGUCGUCUGCUUCCGGCGUUGUGGUCUCAGCGGGCGCCGCGCCGCAGGCUCGGGGACCGCGAGGGCGCACGGCGGUCCGCAGCGGCGGCGACUCAGAUCGAGAGUCUUCUUCGGGGGUGCGCGCACUCCAUUCUUUCUCACUGUUUCGGCGGCGCGACGAGGAGUCGUUCAGCGAGUCCUCCGCUGACGACGAGGCGGCGGAGCGACGCGGAGAGAACUACAACUCCGACGUCGCCCUGGAAGAGUACUGCCGCCUCUGCUCUGACGGCGCAGAGGACUACGACGCCGCCUUGGCGCGCAUGCGUGAAGCAGGUGAAUCCGAGAUCUCCUCGGAUCACAUUUCUCACACGGAGGGCUCCAUGAGCGACAGAAGCGAAGACGACGAGGAACCCAGUCUGCGCGUGGAGCAGCUCCAGGGGCGAUCGAUGCGGGGCGGAGACGCCGGCGAGGGCGGAGGAGGAGGCCGCCCUGGAGGGGGUUCCGCAGCGACGCACGCCGACGCACUCGAGGCGAAUGCAGAUGCGGAUGCGGAAGCAGAUGCGGAUGCGAGUGAAGUUGAGCCCAGGAGCCAGGCGGGCGCCGCCGACUCUCUCGACACCUCCAGGCGGUGGCGAAGGGACAGGGAGAAGGAUUCUUGCGCGGCGGACGCCGAGGGGGGCGGCCUGCGCGGCGCGCGCGCUGCGGCAGAAGGUCACGCGCGCGGAGAGGAAAGCGGCGCGGGCCGGGCGCGCCGCCGGGUUCAGCCGGAAGAGCUCCCGCGCGACAAAAAGGGCAGUAGCGGCGCUCGCGCAGACGCCGCGGAAGAGCUCGACUCGAAUGCAGAGGGGCGCAGGCGCGACGAGGAAGGCGAGCGGCCUCUCGACAGAGACCUCAUAGCAGCGCCCGACGGAGGUCCCGAGGACGGAGGUCCCGAGGACGGAGAUCCCGAGGAUGAAGACGACGACUCCUCGUUCUGGUCACGAGACAGCUCUUGGCCGUCCUUCUCGGAAGGGGAAGAAGACGACGAACUUCUGCCGCGCGAAGUGGAGCGGCGAUACUUUUGGGACGAUGACGAAGAAGACACUUGGCCUACCGUCGACGUGCUGGAGAAGCACGGCUUCGCACCUGGGUCGUGGCGCUGGACCUUUGCGACUGCGCGCGAGGCCGAGCAGCACUUUUUGAACGCGAAUUGGGCGCCGACUGUCGACGUCGGAAGGUUCGUGGGGCACUGCAACGCGGCGACGGACAUCAAGGAAGUUGCUUUCUGGGGCGACGGCCACGUGCUCGCCGGCAGCGACGACGCAUCCGUCUUUGCGUGGCGCUUGAACGACGGUGAGGUCGUGAACAUCCUCCGCGGCCACGAGAGCCACGUGAACUGCGUCGCUGUCCACCCCCGCGGCGCAUGCAUCGCCACGAGCGGCAUCGACGAUUUCAUCAAAGUUUGGUCGCCGACCGCUGAAGCUCCUUUCGCACUCGAUGAGAAGGCGUUGAAGAUUUUGAAAAACAACCAAGCCCUCAUGGACGAAGAGACGGUCUCGUCGACGGGCAUCUUCACAGGUUUCCGCCCUGAAAUCAUUCGGCACUUCCUUGGUAGGAUGGGAGGUCGCCCCAGCGAAGGUGACCGCGAAACCUACUGCAACAUCCAGUAA